AUGCUGCUCAAAGCCAAGAGCGGGAACGAGGUGACGCGGGCAAUUGCAAAGAUAAUUCGAGAUGACCGAAGAUGUCCGAAAAAUUUGCAGACUAACAAAGGAAAAGAAUUUUAUUCGGAUGUGCAGAAACUCUUAAAGAAGCACAACAUCAAUCAUUAUUUUACGUAUUCCAUCGAAAUGCUGCCGCGUCUCGUGUCGGAUUACAAUGCGCGUAAGCAUCGCACUAUUGGCAUGCGACCCGCUGACGUAACUCCCGCGAUCGCUGAAAGACUUUUGGGUAAGGUGUAUAGUGCGAUAAAGAUCGCGGGUCCCGCAAAAUUCAAAGCGGGUGAUGCGGUACGCGUAUACAAAUUCAAGACAAUAUUUGAAAAAGGUUUCACACCGAAUUGGACCACGGAGGUCUUUAAAAUUGUCAAAGUGCAGCAAACUAAUCCAGUGACGUAUCUACUGGAGGAUUUCCGCGGAGAGCUCAUUGCUGGAGGAUUCUACGAAUACGAACUGCAUCGCGUCCCUAAUCCCGACGUGUAUCUCGUUGAAAAAGUGUUGCGCAAAAGAGGAAACGAGGUUUAUGUGAAAUGGUUGAGACUUGACAAAUCACACAAUUCGUGGAUUCAUAAAGACAAU